AUGAAAUUACUUGUGUUGUUUGCGCUAUGCGCCCUCGUAGCGGCGACCGCAGCUGCUCCGAGAUCCGAAAAUCAUGAAGUUAUAGUCUAUGAUUUACCAAAGGACAUCGCUCCCGGACAACGUAAUUUCUUACUAAAUGUUCUCAUUCGUCAACUGUUCAAUAUGAUUCGGGAUAUCAUUCGAAACGGAUCAUGGCUCAUAGGCAUUCCACCGCUGGACCCUCUCAGACUGGAAAGUUUUCACCUGGUUGUACCAGCUGGACUUAUUAAUUUGGAUUUGGAGCUGAAAAAUAUUUUGAUGAAAGGCCUUGGAGGUUUUGUAGUUCACAAAAGCGACCUUUCAACUCGCGACCUGGUGUUUGAUCUCGAUAUUGCGUUCCCUAAAAUAGACAUCAGCACAGAGGUGUACGAUCUCACAGGCGACCUAUUGACAGCUAUUCCGAUUUUUGGAAAUGGAGGGGCCAGAUUCUUCGUUGAUGAAUUUCGGCUUAGAGCCAAAUUAUAUCUGAAGCCAUCAGACGACGAAAAAGCUGUUGUGAUUGACAAAAUAGAAGACGUAUCUUUUGAUCUUCCAACAAUAAAGUCUGAAAUUGAAGGAGCUAUUGGCGGCGGUGAUAUUGACAAUAUUGUUAACGCGAUAGUUGAAGACGUGAUUAUAGAUUAUGCGAAUAGAUUCCGUGGUGCAAUUUCAAAACUCGGCGCCAGUGCCGUUAUCACUGUAUUGAACCCGAUUCUGGAGAAACUCGACACCUGGAAAUUCCUUAAACCUUUCCUAUGA